AAUCUUAAUUUCAACAUCAGCAGCCGUGUUGAUUUGAUUUACAAGUAAAUCUUUUUGUUUUAGUUCUUUGGAAGAGACAAACAUGAAUAAAGGUGUGCUUAUAAUAUUGUGUACGUUUGUUCUGUUGGCGCUUACUGAUGCUAGGUCAUGUUCCACGGGACAGAAAAUCUCUCAUUCACCAUGCGGUAGCAGUGAGAAUAGAUACAAGGAUGAUUCAUCAUCUUCGUCAUCAUCAUCAUCAUCAUCAUCAUCAUCAUCAUCAGAGGAAGAUGAUGACAAAAAGGGUCACGGCAGAAAGAAGAGUAAUUGUGUAGACUCAUCGUCAUCCUCCUCGUCCUCGUCUUCGUCAUCAGAAGAAGACGAUAAAUGCGGUCGUGGUAAAGAUGACUCUUCGUCUUCAUCUUCAUCGUCUUCUGAAGAAGAUAAUGAGAAAUGUAAUGAUAACAAAAAUGAGUCAUCCCAUCACCAUAAAAAAGGAAAACAUUUCAAGAGUUAAUUUUUUAACUGCAGGAAUUGUCAAUAACGAAAAGACAAUGUUUCAUGGAG